AUGUUGAGCGCUGAUACCAGCGACAACGACGACAACCGACGAGGAGUCCACGCCGACAAGAUGGGUGCCCUCAAGUACGUGGAAGAGCUUUACAAGAAGAAGCAGUCUGACGUGCUUCGCUUCCUGCUGCGCGUCCGAUGCUGGGAGCUCCGUCAACUCGAUGUGAUCCACCGCGCUUCCCGCCCAUCUCGCCCCGACAAGGCUCGUCGUCUCGGCUACAAGGCCAAGCAGGGCUACGUGAUCUACCGUGUCCGUGUGCGACGCGGAGGACGCAAGCGGCCCGUUCCUAAGGGUGCCACCUACGGCAAACCCACCAACCAGGGUGUUAACCAGCUGAAGUACCAGCGCUCUCUCCGCUGCACUGCUGAGGAGCGUGUUGGUCGUCGCUGCGCCAACCUGCGCGUCCUGAACUCCUACUGGAUUAACCAGGACUCGACCUACAAGUACUACGAGGUCAUUCUCGUGGACCCGCAGCACAAGGCCAUCCGCCGCGACCCGCGGAUCAACUGGAUCUGCAAGCCUGUUCACAAGCACCGCGAAGCCCGUGGUCUCACUUCUAUCGGCAAGAAGUCCCGUGGUAUCAACAAGGGCCACCGUUUCAACAAGACCUCGGCCGGCCGGAGGAAGACCUGGAAGCGCCACAACACCCAGGUCUUCUGGAGAUACCGUUAA